AUGAAAAUUCAUACCGGCGGGAAGGAUUGUGUAUGUCAGGAGUGUGGCAAAGCCUUUAGCAGAACCUCACAUCUUAAUGAACAUGGGAGAAUUCACACUGGAGAGAAACCUUAUCAAUGUAAGUCGUGUGGAAAGGCCUUCAUUCGAUCGUCAGCCCUUAAAAUCCAUAUGAAUACUCACACUGGAGAGAAGCCCUAUGUGUGUCAGGACUGUGGGAAGGCCUUUAAGGAUUCCUCCUGGUUCACUGUACAUAGGAGAUCUCAUUUGGGGGAGAAGCCUUAUGUAUGUCAGGAGUGUGGGAAGGCCUUUAGCACGUCCUCAAGCCUUGCUGUACACAAAAGAAUUCACACUGGAGAGAAACCUUAUAAAUGCAAGGAGUGCGGGAAGGCCUUUGGCACAUCCUCGUAUCUUAAGAUCCACAGGAGAAUUCACACCGGAGAGAAACCUUAUGAAUGUAAGGUGUGUGGAAAGGCCUUCAUUCGGUCGUCAGCCCUUAAGAUCCAUACGAAUACUCAUACUAAAGAGAAGCCUUUUGUAUGUCAGGAGUGUGGGAAGGCCUUUCGCAGAUCUUCAGUACUUACAGUUCACAGGAGAAUUCACACUGGAGAAAAACCAUAUAGAUGUCAGGACUGUGGGACGGCCUUUAGCAGUACUUCCUACCUUCAUCAGCAUAGGCGAUUUCAUGCUACAGUAAAACUGAAUAUGAGAGAUGUGGAAGGCGUAUUAUCAUGCCUUAAGUCUUUGUAG